AUGUCACAACGAUUCUCAUACAAAGUUACAGGCCGCGUGCAAGGGGUAUGCUUCCGCAUGGAAACUGUGAAAGCAGCAAAUGCGUGUGGCGUGACUGGUUAUGUCAAGAAUGCUUCCGAUGGCUCAGUAGUCGGUGAAGCUCAAGGCGACUCUUCGUCGCUUCAAAAGUUCGAACAGUUUCUGAACAAGGGCCCGAGUGCGGCGAGGGUAUCUGGCGUGGAAAAGACGGAUCUAGAGGUGAAAGAGGGGGAGAGUCAAUUCCACCAGAUGAGGUAG